AUGGCGAAGAUUAUGAUGACAGUGACCAUGAUAAUAAUAAUGACGAUGAAGUUGAUAAUGAUGGUGAUGGCAGCCGACUGUAAAUCUUUCACGAUUGUGUUGACGUUAACGAGCUCCGAUGAUGAGGAAGCUGAAGAUUCGGAAAGGUUAAAUGCAUACAAAUUGCGCCCAUUUUGUUGGAAAUUUGUUGUGCGGGAACGAUGGCGCCGUGCGAAGAGGCUACCUCUGAAGGGAAGUGAUUAG